AUAAAAAGGUUGAAAUCAAGUGGAAACGAAAUAAACUCAGACCAGGAUACAGGAACAUGUCGCGAGUUCUAUCACUUUGUGUGUUACUGUUUAUUACAGUGGCCGUUGUGAACGCCAGAUGGUACGGACAACCUCCUGCCCCUGUAACAGGUCCAUGUAGUCUUUCUGCUGAUACCGGACCCUGUAGAGGUGCUUGCCCUCGAUUUUAUUAUGACGCUAGCCGGAACUCCUGUCGUCCGUUCACCUAUGGCUGUUGCGGAGGAAACGCAAACAACUUUAAAUCAAAGAAGCUCUGUGAACGGUCCUGUCGGCCGCGUCGUUGUCCUAACAUUGCCUGCUUGGUAGGCGCUUGUACAUUCCAAAAAUGCGAUAAGUAUCCGGAAGCCACUUGCUUCGCCGUGUGUCCAUGUGAUAAUUCUCGAUGGGUCUAUAACGGAGAGGACGUCACAGAUAAAUGUUAAACAACUUUCUAACGUUAAAGAAAUGUCGACUUAUCAACUUCUUUCAUUGUACACACAAUAAACAAUAAAUAUGAUAAUGAAUUCA